ACUGUAAUUUCUUACAGAAGAGAGAGAAAGAGAAGAUGUGUGUGUGAGUGUGUGAGAGAGAAAGAGAGAGAGAUCGCCAUUCCUGAGAUCUCUGCGGUGGAUUCCAGGUUGAUUUUCAACAGAUUUCACAAUGAAGUUUUGAACUUUGAAGAAGACUGUUCCAUCGAAAACCUGAUGCGUUCGGCGAUCGUCCUUUCGUAAAAGACAGAGAAGGUACGAGUAAAUAAGGAAAAAGUGAGAAAAUGGGAGAAAUUGGAGAGGAUGAGUUGUUGAAGUGGGAGAAGAAGAUGCAAGGAGGAGAAAUUAAUGGCGGUGAGGAGAAAAUCUUCGUGUUGAUUCGACUUAGGCCUUUAAGCGAUAAGGAGAUUAAUCGAAACGAGGUAUCAGAAUGGGAAUGUAUAAACGAGACAACCAUCUUAUACCGUAACAGUCUUCAGGAGCGAUCUGGAUUUCCAAGUGCAUAUAGAUUUGACAGAGUAUUCGGUGGAGAUAACUCAACAAGGCAGGUAUAUGAUGAAGGAGCAAAAGACAUUGCUCUUUCAGUUGUCACCGGUAUCAAUUCCACUAUUUUUGCAUAUGGGCAAACAAGCAGUGGAAAAACUUACACAAUGAUUGGAAUAACUGAGUAUACAGUAGCAGACAUUUAUGAUUACAUACAUAAGCAUCAGGAAAGAGCAUUUGUUUUGAAGUUCUCAGCCAUGGAAAUCUAUAAUGAAGCUGUAAGAGAUCUCCUGACCUCUGACAAUACUCCACUUCGGCUCCUGGAUGAUCCUGAGAAAGGGACUGUUGUGGAGAAACUGACUGAAGAGACUCUGAGGGACUGGAACCAUCUGAAAGAGCUUUUAUCGAUUUGUGAUGCCCAAAGAAAAAUUGGAGAAACUUCUUUGAAUGAGACUAGUUCUAGAUCUCAUCAAAUAAUCAGAUUGACAGUUGAGAGUUCUGCUCAUGAGUUUAUUGGCAAGGACAAGUCCACAACUCUUGUAGCCAGUGUGAAUUUUGUUGAUCUGGCUGGAAGUGAGCGAGCAUCUCAAGCUCAUUCAGUUGGGGUCAGACUGAAGGAAGGCUGUCACAUAAACCGUAGUUUAUUGACUCUUUCAACUGUUAUCCGCAAGCUAAGCAAUGGGAGAAAUGGACAUAUUAAUUACAGAGAUUCUAAGCUGACUCGAAUUCUCCAACCGUCGUUGGGAGGCAAUGCAAGAACAGCCAUUAUUUGCACGCUCUGCCCUGUUCGAAGUCAUGUUGAGCAAUCUAGAAACACUCUCUUAUUUGCUAGUUGUGCAAAAGAAGUGACUACAAAUGCCAAGGUUAAUGUGGUGAUGUCUGACAAAGCCCUUGUCAAACAUUUGCAAAAAGAGUUGGCUCGGUUGGAAGGCGAACUAAGAGCUCCCAUCACCCCUUCUUCUUCCACUUGCAACUGUUCCACAUUGUUGAGAAAAAAAGAUCUCCAGAUUGAGAGGUUGGAAAAAGAGGUUCAAGAGCUAACUAGGCAAAAGGAUGUUGCGGAAUCUAGGGUGGGUGUGCUGCAUUUUGUUGGUAAUGAUGAAGCUCAAAGAGAACAGAAUGGACUCAGCCCUACAUGGAAGAAUGAGAAUGAAUGGGAAGAUGAAUAUUCAGCAUCAGAAUCAUCAGGUAAAGGUAAAUUUGGUUUCAAAAUCGGAGAAUAUUCUGAUAGCACUUGUAAGGAUGUACCUUGCAUUGAGAUGGAUGAUAAAGCUAUCAAGAAUGGAAUUUCUGAACCCAGUAGUACUCAUUCAUCGUUAUCAUCAUCAUCAGCAGCAGCAAGUGAAGGAGAAGCAGUGUCCUCAUUAACUGAUAGUGAUGGAGAAGAAAUAGAAUCAUCAUCUAAUCAAAGAGAAACAAACAAAGUUGAAAAGAUUUUGACAUAUAGCGAACUAGAACAGAAAAUGCAGGACGCAGAUAGUGAUGGAGAAGAAAUAGAAUCAUCAUCUAAUCAAAGAGAAACAAACGAAGAUGAAGAGAUUUUGACAUAUAGCGAACUAGAACAGAAAAUGCAGGACGUACAAAAGACAAUCGAUUCACUCUCCACCAGCCCUUACAAUGAUUCAACAACAGGUCGUAAGUUGAGAAGAAGCUGGAGUUUUGGAAACGACGUUAUCAUGAUGAAAUCGUCUACUACUGCUACUACUACUCCCCGAUGUCUGAACACGCCGCCACUCAAUGAUUUGGAGAGAAGUUUUGCUGGUAGGCCGAAAGACUUUCUGAAAAUGGAAAAGUUGGUGCGAAAUGAUUCUCAAUCUUCUAUCGGGAGUGUCGUUAAUGAUUUACGAGCACAGGAUAUGAUCUCGGCUGAGGAGGAAAUUCCUAGUGUGGAUUCGUUUGUUGCGGGAUUGAAGGAAAUGGCUAAACAGGCUCAGGAGACGAAAAUGAAAGUGAAAGACAUAGGCUUAGAUCCAAUGCAGGAUGAUGAAGAAAAAUGGCAAUGUACUACUACUAGUGCAGAUUGGCCAUCUGAAUUCGAGAGGCAACGAAAAUCAAUAAUUGCACUGUGGAAGAAAUGUAAUAUUUCAUUGAUCCACAGGACAUAUUUCUUCUUGCUGUUCAAAGGAGAUUCGGCAGAUUCUGUGUAUUUGGAAGUUGAGUUUCGAAGACUUACCUUCCUUGCACAAGAGUUUUCUCAGGGCAGCAACCAUUCCGUUGGUGCAGGCCUGACCUUGACAUUGUCCUCAAGUGAGAAAGAUCUGUUGCGGGAGAAAGAGAUGUUAUGUAGGUUUAUGUACAAAAGAUUAACAAGAGUGGAAAGAAAUAAACUUUACCAGAAAUGGGGUAUCAGUUUGGAUUCCAAAAGAAGGAGAGUACAACUUAUGAAUAGGCUGUGGAGCGACGAAAACGAUAUGAACCAAAUUAAAGAGAGUGCAGCCAUUGUAGCAAAGCUAAUUAAGUUCUCCGAAAAAGAAGGGGCACUGAAGAAGCAGAUUUUCGGUCUUAUUAGCUUCACGCCUCCUCGGACCAACCGCCGGAGAUCGUUUGGUUGGAUGUGGUGAAAAUGCUGCAAUACAAGAAAAGAAUUUAUUUCAGUUAGGAAAGUGUUGUUUUUCAAGAAGAUUGGAUUGUAAUAGUACUAAUAUCAUUGAUUGAGUGGGAUUUGAUUGUUUGAUUUGUAGAAGGGAAAAAUGAUAUUAAUAGGUUUGUUUGGUGUGUAUGAUUGAUUAUGGUUUUUUUACUA